AUGUCUUUUAUUCAUAUCUAUCUAUCUAAACAUUUUUUAAAUCUAUCUAUCUAUCUAUCUAUCUAUCUUUUAUUUCUUUCUUUUCAUAUCUAUCUAUCUAAACAUUUUUUAAUUCUAUCUUUCUAUCUAUCAUAUCUAUCUAUCUAUCUUUGUAAUCAUCUUUUAUUCAUAUCUAUCUAUCUAAACAUUUUUAAUUCUUUUCAUAUCUAUCUAUCUAUCUAUCUUUUAUGUCUUUUUAUUCAUAUCUAUCUAUCUAAACAUUUUUUUAUUCCUAUCUAUCUAUCUAUCUAUCUAUCUAUCUUUCUAUCUUUUUUAUUCAUAUCUAUCUAUUUUCAUCUUUAUCUAUCUAUCUAUCUAUCUAUCUUUUAUUUUAUCUAUCUAUCUUUUAAACAUAUCUAUCUAUCUAAACUUUUUUUAAUCUAUUUUUUUUUCAUAUCUAUCUAUCUAAACAUUUUUCUAUCUAUUUAUCUAUCUAUCUAUCUUUGUAAGUAUAUCUUUAUUCAUAUCUAUCUAUCUAAACAUUUUUAUAUCUAUCUAUCUAUCUAUCUAUCUAUCUUUUUUAAGUAUUAUGUCUUUUUAUUCAUAUCUAUCUAUCUAAACAUUUUUAAUUCCUAUCUAUCUAUCUAUCUAUCUAUCUAUCUUUUAUGUCUUUUAUUCAUAUCUAUCUAUCUAAACAUUUUUUUAUUCAUAUCUAUCUAUCUAUCUAUCUAUCUUUUAUAUCUUUUUAUUCAUAUCUAUCUAUCUAAACAUUUUUUAAUUCCUAUCUAUCUAUCUAUCUAUCUAUCUAUCUUUGUAAGUAUGUUUUUUAUUCAUAUCUAUCUAUCUAAACAUUUUUUAAUUCCUAUCUAUCUAUCUAUCUAUCUAUCUAUCUUUUUUAAAUUAUGUCUUUUAUUCAUAUCUAUCUAUCUAAACAUUUUUAAUUCCUAUCUAUCUAUCUAUCUAUCUAUCUAUCUAUCUAUCUCUUUUAAGUAUGUCUUUUAUUUUCUCUAUCUAAACAUUUUUCAUUCCUAUUAUCUAUCUAUCUAUCUAUCUUGUAAUAUUUGUCUUUUUAUUCAUAUCUAUCUAUCUAAACAUUUUUUAAUUCCUAUCUAUCUAUCUAUCUAUCUAUCUAUUUUCUAUCUAUCUAUCUAUCUAUCUUUUUAUUUCUUUAUCAUUUCUAUCUAUCUAAACAUUUUUUUAUUCAUAUCUAUCUAUCUAUCUAUCUAUCUAUCUAUCUCUUUUUAUUCAUAUCUAUUUCUAAAACAUUUUUUAAUCUUCCUAUCUAUCUAUCUAUCUAUCUAUCUAUCUAUCUUUUCUUUUAUUCAUAUCUAUCUAUCUAAACAUUUUUUUAUCCUAUCUAUCUAUCUAUCAUUUUUAUCUAUCUAUCUAUCUAUCUCUAUCUUUUUAAUAUGUCUUUUUAUUCAUCUAUCUAUCUAUUUUAAUUCCUAUCUAUCUAUCUAUCUAUCUAUCUUUGUAUACCUUUAUUUUAUUCAUAUCUAUCUCAUUUUAUUCUAUCUAUCUAUCUAUCUUUAUUCCUAUUCAUCUAUCUAUCUAUCUAUCUAUCUUUUAUGUCUUUUUAUUCAUAUCUAUCUAUCUAAACAUUUUUUAAUUCCUAUCUAUCUAUCUAUCUAUCUAUCUAUCUAUCUAUCUCUUUUCAUACCUAUUUUUAGUAUUUUCUAUAUCAGUUUAUCUAUCUUUGAAAGUCUAUUUUUAUUCAUAUCUAUCUAUCUAUCAAUCUAUAUCUAUCUAUCUAUCUUCUAUCUAUCUAUUUUAGUAUUUUUUAUUCAUUUCUAUCUAUCUAAACAUUUUUUAUUCAUAUCUAUCUAUCUAUCUAUCUAUCUAUCUAUCUAUGUCUUUUUAUUACCUAUUUUAAACAUUUUUUAUAUCAGUCUAUCUAUCUAUCUAUCUAUCUUUAUUCAUAUCUAUUUAUCUAUCAUCUAUCUAUCUAAACAUUUUUUAUUCCUAUCUAUUUUAGUAUUUUCUAUCACUAUCUAUCUAAACAUUUUUAAUUCCUUCUAUCUAUCUAUCUAUCUAUCUAUCUAUCUAUCUCAAUCUAUCUCUUUUUAUUCAUAUUUAUCUAUCUCUAAACAUAUUUAUCUUCCUAUCUAUCUAUCUCUUUUCUAUCUAUAUUUUAGUAUUUUUUUAUUCAUAUUAUAUCUAAACAUUUUUAUUAAUAUCUAUCUAUCUAUCUAUCUAUCUAUCUUUGUAAGUAUGUCUUUUAUUUUUUCAUCAUAUCUAAACAUUUUUUAUUCUAUCUCAAUUAUCUAUCUAUCUAUCUAUCUCUUUUCUAUCUUUUUAACUAUCUUUAUUCAUAUCUAUCUAUCUAAACAAUUUAUCUAUCUAUCUCUAUCUAUCUAUUUUUUAGUAUUUUCAUUUAUUCAUAUCUAUCUAUCUAAACAUUUUUAUUCAUAUCUAUCUAUCUAUCAAUCUAUCUAUCUAUCUAUCUCUUUUCAUACCUAUUUUUACUAUCUUUAUUCAUAUCUAUCUAUCUAUCAAUCUAUCUAUCUAUCUCUUUUCAUCUAUAUUUUAGUAUUUUCAUUCAGUUUAGCUAUCUAUCUAAACUAUUUUUAUUCAUCUAUCUAUCUAUCUAUCUAUCUAUCUAUCUAUCUCUUUUCAUACCUAUUUUAUUUAGCUAUCUAUCUAAACAUUUUUAUUCAUUCUAUCUAUCUAUCUAUCUAUCUAUCUAUCUUUUUCAUACCUAUUUUAGUAUUUUUUUUCAUAUCAGUUUAUCUAUCUAUGAAAAGCUAUCUUUAUUCAUAUCUAUCUAUCUAUCUAUCUAUCUAUCUAUCUAUCUAUUUUCAUAUCUAUUUUACUAUCUUUAUUCUAUCUAUCUAUCUAUCAAUCUUUCUAUCUAUCUAUCUAUUUUCUAUCUAUCUAUUUUACUAUCUAUCUAUCUAUCUAUCUUUAUUUAUUCAUCUAUCUAUCUUUUUCAUAAUUCUUAUAUCAAUCUAUCUAUCUAUCAUUUUCAUAUCCUAUUUUUCUAUCUAUCUAUUUUUUUAUAUAUCAUCUUUAUCUAUUAUUUUUUUCCUUCUAUCUAUCUAUCUAUCUAUCUAUCUUUGUAAGUUUAUUCUUAUUAAUAUCUAUCUAUCUAUCAAUCUAUCUAUCUAUCUAUUUUCAUACCUAUUUUACUAUAUCUAUCUUUAUUCAUAUCCAUCUAUCUAUCUAUCUAUCUAUCUAUCUCAUAUCUAUUUUAGUCUUUUCAUAUCAGUUUAUCUAGCUAUCUAUCUAUCUCUAUCUAUCAAUCUAUUCCUUCUAUCUAUUUUUUCAUACCUAUUUUUAUUUUCAUAUCACUUUUCUAUCUUUAUUCAUAUCUAUCUAUCUAUCAAUCUAUCUAUCUAUCUAUCUCUUUCAUACCUAUUUUAG